AUGACACUCAAGGGAUCACCGCAAUCUACGGCUGAACGCCGGCGCGAGCGUGAGAUGCAAUACGAGCUGCUCAAAUUCCAUCGAGACCAGACGGACCCUAUUGCCACCACUAUCACCAAAAAGCGUGUACGAGAACCCCGCGUGGACUUGGAGUCGAAUCCAUUCUGCGCGGAUCGACAACUGGCCGAUAGCUACCAGCAGUUAAACUUCAAUAAGAAUCCUCGCUUCUACUCGGUAUCCAUACAGGACGGCGCGCGCGUGGAGCAGAACCCCCGAAAUCACUCCAGUUUCAUCAACCAGUCAGCAGAUUUGCUUGCAAACUCGCGAUUCGAUGCACGAGCACGACCCGAGUUCUCCACUCUGCCACCAGCCACAUCAUACACACCAGCGGUGGCGCAGUUUGCAAUUCCAAAGGUGGUUAGUGUUGACCCGAGCAAUUUGCGUAAGCCUUCUAACAACAAAAACAACAUCGAGAGCAACGGUUUAAAGGAUGUCAAAGCGAGCACUCGACACUUGUUCCCGCCAGGCCACGAUGAGUAUAGUGCCCAUCUGACAUCGCACAGCGUGACGUUCGGUCACCGUCCAAGUUCCGCAGCGAGGAUGUUCGAUCACCUGAGCAACAGUAUCAGCGGUGCGAACAGUCCCAGAAAUCCAAGUAGCAAAACUUCAUCGCGUCGAGCCUCCUCGACCCCUGUACGUACUGGGAUGAGCGUCAUGGAGCUGGCUCAACUGUUGGCCCCUGCAAAAUCUACAAAAUCCUCUUCUAUAGGAAGCAAAAGCUCAACGAGCACUUUGCAGCGUUGGAGAGCAGGAUCUACAUCAACCUCCAUCAAUUCGUAUGAAGCUUUCUCCUUAGACAAAGAAGUUGACGAUGAGCUUGAACGACAAGAUGCCGACAGAAAGAAAAAGGCACGUGAGUUGGAGUUGGAAAAGGGGUUUAUUAACUACGUGUAUAACCCACCGCGUGAACACAAGCCCGGCCAGUUCGCACCACCCGACCAAACAACCGCCCAACUUAUCGACAAAUAUCGUAAGCUUGCUGUCGGGAAGAUGCCUGACAUAUUCUAG